CCGUGAUCAUGACGGCAAUGGCCGCUCUCGUGUUCCUGUUGGCCAUCGCCUCAUGCGCCGCUGCCUUCGACGUGGAGGCCACCACUGGCCUGGGCGUUGUCCGCGGGAAACGUGUCGACGUGCUGGGCCGUUCAUUGGACGUGUAUAGUGGAGUUCCGUAUGCUCAGCCGCCGCUGGGAGAGCGACGCUUUCGCCCACCCGAGGCUCUGCAGAGUUGGGAUGGCGUGAUAGACGCCACGAACAGGAAGAUUGGCUGUGCCCAGACGCUCUUCAAUGAGAUCCUGGUAAACGGUGUUGAAUUGACAGAAGACUGCCUACACCUGAACAUAUGGACCCCCACAGAACGCAGCCAGCUGUCCGUUCCCGUACUCGUCUCAUUCCACGGUGGAGGCUUUUCGUAUGGUUCUGCGAACACCGAAGUUUUCAGCGGCGCCGCCUUGGCCGCCAAGACUGGAUUAGUCGUCGUCGCCCCUAACUACAGGCUUGACAUUCUGGGGUUCCUUGACGCAAACUCGACAGAGGCGCCCGGAAAUGUAGGCCUGAUGGACCAGAACAUAGCACUCAGGUGGGUACAGGAACACAUUCACCACUUCGGGGGAGACCCUUUCCAAGUGACUGUCUUCGGAAUCAGCGCUGGAGGCAUGAGCGCCCAUUCUCACGUGCUUUCACCCAUGAGCAGAGGCCUCUUCAAAAGGGCUUGCCUCAUGAGCGGAACACUUAACAGUCCAGACUUCGUAGAGCAUGUGAGUGACAGCAUAAGCAAAGGCAACAUUGUUGCUCGGGUCGUUGGCUGCGCCGAUGAUACCGCCACCUUGACCUCCAACCCUGAAUCAGUGGUGGCAUGCCUACGAACGAAAACUACAGCCGAGCUUUUGCAGGCGGCAGCCGAAAGCUUCAACACGAAGAUAUUCACAUUUCUUCCUACAUACCCGAACCAAUUCAUGCCGAAGGAACCAGCUCUGGCAGUCAAAGAAGGCUCGUUUAACCAGGCCGACCUAAUUGUCGGAGUGACCACGGACGAAGGAGCGGUGGCACUGCUGUACCCUCCGCGUGAGGAACUCUGGGGGGACAUGAUCGAAGUGAUGGACGAAGACUUUUUGAACAAAUCCCUGCGCGAGAUCACGUUCACCUGGUUGAAGGGCAACUCCACAUACAACCUCGAAGCGUACACAGCCAAUGCUCGAGACAAGAUUGCUUUGAGGCGCGCCUACGUCGAUUUCAUAUCAGACAGGACGUUCGUCUGCCCCAUGCACUACACAGCCGAGGGUCAUUCCGGACACGGUCAACCUGUUUACUCCCUCGUCUUUUCGUACCGGUCGGUGAAGAGUCCCCUCCCAGCGUGGAUGGGUGCUCCCCACGGAGAGGACGUCAGCUACCUCUAUGGGGCUCCCCUCGUUCACCCGGAAAAGUAUGACGCCCAGGACGCCGCCAUGUCCGAGACGAUGAUGGAAAUGCUCUCAACGUUUGCAUCUACAGGGUGA